AAACGUGUUUUUUUUAAAAUUACUUUGUAACACUAGUUGGCUAAGUCUACAGGAGGGAUUUUGCCGCGAGCUGUUUUGUCUGACAACUUUUUCCAUUGUCAGCACAAAAUAGGCUACGAGAUCCUACGACAUCCAGAGCGAAAAUAGCAACACAGUGGCGACCCCAACAGCUGUAGCCUACUACACUACAGGGACAUUUAAUUUGCAAGGCCAGGUCAGCAUCAACCAGAGGGCGCUCAGUUUCAGAUAAUUUGCGUUUGGAGCGAGAAUCACACAGUAGGUGAUUUGAGAAGAAUCCGAGAAACAGAGGUCGUUUAUAAUCGCAAUAGAAACAAAUGACGUUGUUUGACUCGCUUGCACUUGACUGGAUGAGUGCACACAGCUAGGUUUCUUAAUCGCGGUCGAAUAGAGAAAACGGGCUGCUAAUGGUUAAAAUCUGAGCCCAAUCCAAUCAUUGUCAAGACAAGGAGACAAAAAAAGAGAAGAUCGUUGAGUAUAAAAGCGUCUGGAAACCCUGUAUUGUAUUUUAAUUUUCUUUGAUCAGAUUCUGUUCACUUAAUUCAUUUUUGGUGACCAGUUCUGGUGUUUUGUUGCUGCAUUUGGGAGGAGGCACAUCGGAUUAAAUACGUGAUUUAUUUUGUUUCCAUGUUCCUGUGUGAUGUCAUAAAGAUGGGACGUGGUGGAGUGGGAAGCAAAGCUGGCGCCGGGGGCUGAAAGGCCCCUCCAGCGGCCAAUCAGGAUGCAUGUCUCCUCGAUGGGUGUCAGCAAGUUCUGCUUUCUGUUCUCUCUGGCCCUCUGUGCCCUCCUGCUGCUCCUCAUCCCUGCCCUCCAGCCCUCACAGCAUCAGGGGGACCUGCCUCAGCCCCGGGCCCACACCAAGCCUGCCCGACACCCAGGGCAAUGGGAAGCAUACAGACUCUCAGACAGGGCCGAAGGAGGACUUCCCCCCACAGAGCUGGAGUUGUGGUGGGGGCUGGGGUCUCGGUCCAGGACCCCUCUAGAGCUGAAAGACAUUUUCAUAGCGGUGAAGACCACCAGGAAGUACCACAAGUCCAGACUGGAUUUACUGUUCCAGACCUGGGUGUCCAAAGCCAAAGAACAGACCUUUAUAUUCACUGAUGGGGAGGAUCAGGAGCUGAGGAGGAGAGCAGGGGCUAAUGUCGUCAACACUAACUGUUCAGCAGCACACACGCGGCAGGCCCUGUGCUGUAAGAUGUCUGUGGAAUACGACAAGUUCAUCGAGUCGCAGAGGAAAUGGUUCUGCCAUAUGGAUGAUGAUAACUAUGUGAUUGUACCCAGUCUGCUGAAGCUGCUGUCCUCCUUCCAACACACCCAGGAUGUUUACCUGGGCCGGCCCAGCCUCGACCACCCCAUAGAGGCUGCAGAGAGGGUCAAGAGUGAUGGAUCUGUGUCAGUGAAGUUCUGGUUCGCCACAGGAGGUGCAGGGUUCUGUAUCAGUCGUGGUCUGGCCCUCAAGAUGAGUCCAUGGGCUAGUCUGGGGAACUUCAUCAGCACGGCAGAGAAGAUCCGUCUCCCUGACGACUGCACUAUCGGUUACAUCAUCGAGGCGCUGCUGGAGGUGACCCUGACACACACCCACCUCUUCCACUCCCACCUGGAGAACCUGCAGAGGCUGCCCACAGACACCGUGCUGGAACAGGUCACUCUGAGCUAUGGGGGUUUUGAGAACAGGAGGAAUGUGGUCAGCAUUGGAGGAGCCUUCUCCCUGGUGGAGGACCCCUCACGGUUUAAGACUGUCCACUGCCUCCUCUACCCAGAGACUGACUGGUGUCCUAGUAAGGGUCACCAUUGAUGGCCACUAAAGUAUAUCUACAAUACUUCCUACCAGCCUGUUUGACUGGUGUCCCUGUGUAUAUGCUAGCUAUAUCAUUGCCAUGGCAAAAUGACAAUUUGGCCAAAGCAAAACCAGACUGGCACCCUGGCUAACCCAACAGAACCACUUCACUCAGAUAAAAUGGUUAAAUGUCUGUGUUUCUUUGAGAGGAGACAAGCGGAGGUAAAUGGAGUGAGGAUCACUUUUGUCAUGGUGGGGUGAUGAAGAAAUGCCCCACUACUCUUAUCAGUACUGUACCCUCCACUCAUCGCAGUAAGUUGUCGUCGCUGGCUGUUGCUGUGGCGAUGUGUAUCACCAGUUGUUGCUUUAAAUCCCAAACUCUAAUCUUUUAGUAUUGUGGUCGAGGGUUUUUUGAAGGAGUGUUAAGGUACUUAAAUUACUGAUGAAAAGGUACCUUAAGAUGCUGAACAGGGUGAAAUGUUAAAUUAUUUGCUUUUAGGUCUAAACAUUUACCGGAACUGAUGUUUUUUUUACAAGAGCUCAUGACCAGAAGUCAUCAGAGAUGAUUAUCUGAUAUCAGUGUUACAGGAAAAGAGAGACCGUUUACGUAAUGAGUGAGAGACGUUUGUGCUAAUGUAACGGAGUUAAGAAUGUACCGUAAGCUGACUCCAAGGCUGGCUUGAAAUGUCGCAGAUGGAGCUAUCCAAUUGGAUCUUUUUGUAUAGCUCAAUCGAUUGGUACGUUGUCAAGGAGGUUGGUCACGUGUGUUUGCGAGCAGAGGAUCACUAGUCGAAGCCCGGUAUGGGGAGAGGGACAGUGGAGGGAGCUAUACUGUUAGCUGCACGUCGGAUUCACUUCACAGACUACCCUUGUGUCUCUCAUGUCCUGAAGUUAAUGUCUUACCAGAAGAGGUUUCAAACUGGUGUGUGUACAUAUGUGCAGGUUUGUGUGCAACCUAAUAGUUUAACCACUCAAUCCAAAUGCUUUUAAUAUCUUAUAGCCAAAGAUGAUACUUUGUGCCUUGUGUUUCAAUCAACUAGACUUUGGAAAUGCUUAAGAGCACAUAAUGAAAAAUGAAUUGAAGGCAAGAAAGGGAUCGUAUGUGUGACAGUAGGAAUUAAAACAAGUGUCCAACACACAUAUACACACAGCCCUGCAGUAACCAAAACAGACUCCUUGAAGGUGAGCACAUUAUCCUAAAGAUCAGUCAUUAGAACCCUUUGUUGCGUUUCCCCCAAUACAUGUUAUUUGUCUGUCAAAAGGACUCCACAUUUUGCACUCAUCUCAAUUCCCGUGUUUAAUAUCUCUGUGUAUUAAAAGUUACAUUCGA